UGAUUAGAAUAUAUUGAACUUCAUCCCAGUCUCAAGUUGGCUUCAACACGCUCAUGAUAGAUCAUUCUGCUGUCUUCUAGCUCAAGCUCGUUCUGAAUUCCCUGUAUCAUACUGCGUAUACUGCCAAUCUCCGCUAUACCUGUCCCUUGGUGAAGCCAAGCUCGUUAGCUUUCAGCUGUUUUGUGCGGCAUAUGCCCCACAUAAUUUUAAUAUUUCAAGACCCGUUCGAUCCUGCCACCUAUCCAAGUCUUCCUGCUCUGCUUCAUCGCACUAGUCUUUCAUAGAUGAGCGAGAUACUCGGAUUACUUUUAAAUAUAUUUUUGGUUCCGUACCGCUGCCAUGCCAGCUAGAAAAUCCCCCUCUAAGGGUGGGAAGUCCGCUCAGAAAGUGGAAGAUAAACGGAAACCACCCUCACAAUCCCAGGGCACCGAGAAUCGAGUCUUUUCCGCACCAAAAACUAUUCAAUUGAUUGGCCUCGCUAUUCUGCUUCUGGUGCUUACGGCCACCUAUUCUCCAAUAUCUCAAUUGACACUCUCGCCAGUCUAUGGAUCCGUCCCAUCAGCAGCCUUCCACCAGAGGGGGAUGAUGGUGGCUGCUCUCAGUGGAUGGUUCGCAAAGGACCAAAUCAGGAAACGGCUAUCCACAAAGAUCAUGAACGUCUUGCCGGUGCUAGCCUUCACAAUUCCGACUAUUCAGUUUUUCCUGUUUAUGCGAAGCGCCCAGCUGGGCGUUGUAUAUGGCCCUCUCUUGACAGAACUCCUCACAUAUUUCCCUUUGGUGUUUUUGUCCGUCUCUUCAGUGGCCAUGUUGCUUGAAGACGCAGAUUUGAGGCGGUACGGUGAGACUUUGGGGAAUCAUGGACCCUUUUUUGGGUCGUAUAUUCUCUUUAUCACCCUCCAAAAGUUUGUUGGUAUUUUGUUGCCUGGGUAUAUUGGAAAGAACGCCUUGAUGGCUCGCAUUCCGCUACAACUUAUAACUGCGUCCCUUUACGCCAUUUCUCUCCCAUCGAAAUGGUUAUUGCUCGCGUUACCCCCAUUGCUGUUUUCGUCUGGAUAUAACGUGCACUUUCCUUUCAAGCAUACAACGGCACUUUUGAACUCAACCUUACAAGCGGAAGAUUUCGUUUUGUUGCACCGAGAGGAGUCAUUGACGGGAUACCUAUCCGUUUUGGAGAACGUCAAGGAACACUAUAGGGUGAUGAGGUGUGAUCAUAGUCUUUUAGGCGGAGAAUGGACCCAAAUGCCUAACGCGCAAUAUCCGGAAGUCAGAGAGCCUAUAUAUUCGAUUUUUACGAUGUUAGAGGCGGUGAGGUUGAUCAAAAAUGAUGAUGGAAGUUCAAGGAUGGGAGGCACUGGGACCAAUUCUCUCGUUGUCGGCCUCGGAAUCGGUACAACGCCCACCGCACUCGUAAAUCACGGCAUAGAUACAACAGUUGUCGAGAUAGACCCUGCAGUACUCCAUCUUGCUGAGGAUUACUUCAGCCUUCCAAAAAACUUUACACCAGUUAUACAAGACGCGGUCAAAUUCGUAGACGAAGCAAGCAGAGCGACUCCGGCCCCUACAUUUGACUAUAUUGUGCACGAUGUUUUUACUGGCGGAGUAGAGCCAGUUAGCUUGUUCACGAUAGAGUUUAUGAAAGGUCUCCGCUCGCUUCUGAAGGAAGACGGCGUUAUUGCUAUUAACUACGCUGGAGAUUUGACCCUACCCUCUUCUGGUCUUAUUGUUCGAACGAUCAGGGCUGUUUUCCCAAGUUGCCGGAUAUUCCGUGAGAGCGAACCGCCUGCAGAUACCAGGGAAGGCGAUUUUACCAAUAUGGUUAUCUUCUGUAAACUGACGGAUUCGCCCUUGGAGUUCCGAAACACUACCGAUGCCGACUUUCUCGGCAGCAAGUCCAGGGAAGCGUAUCUGAUGCCUCAACUUGAAAUUGACGCUGCUUCUUUUGCAAAAGCCGAGGAUGGCCAGCAGGAUGUCCUUGCAGAAGGCCAAGUUGGAGACUUGGUAAGGUGGCAUUCUCAAAGCGCUGCUGGCCAUUGGAGUAUUAUGAGGACAGUUCUCCCUCACGUUAUUUGGGAGAACUGGUGAUUUUCACUUCGAUUAUGUUGCUGACACGGGAAUUCAUCAAUGACGCUGGACGCCAGGGAUUCGUUCUCCCUGCUCAGGUUAUUCUGUUCCGGGUAUCUCAUGCCUGUUGUAUAUAUAUGUACAACAUAGACUUCUAUCUUUGUCUUUCUAUCUCAUCUAUAAGCCCGCAUUCGUAUCUUGUUGUGAGUCAUCACAUUUCCCAAAACUGUAUACAUUCAAAGGAUCGCCUUCUCUUGUUUUAUCAAAUUCUUCCUUAUUGCCGCAAUAUCCUGAUCACUAAAUCCCAUCCCGUUCUUCAAAUACCCCUCCGCCCCAGCAUAUUUCUCAUCCACCCACUUCAUUGUCGCCAUGAUCGCCGCCGCCUUUGCUGAAACCAUCCUCUCCGCCCCCUCCCUAUCACCAUCAAAAGCUAGAUGAGCCAACACCCUAUCAAUAGACUGUUGUCGCAACUCACCCAACCCAGCCUCAGUGAGCUCAUACUCUCGCCCAAUAACCUCAUCAUCCAGAAGCCCGGCGAUCCGCAAAAUCAGCGCGGCGCAUACACCCGUCCUGUCCUUUCCGGCCGAACAAUGGAACAACAACGGCUCCUCAGGCCUGUCGCGGAUAUGUUCAAACACAGCACGGAACGCUCCCCCCGCAGCGCCCGCCCUCAGUAUCUCUGCAUACGCGCGCAUGAAUCCUUGCGGUCCGUCAGAGGAGGCAUAGUCCAUAUAGCGCAACGCAAGGCCUUCGGGACUUGCAUCCUGGUCUUUGAAAACGGGGACGUGGCGGCGGGUUGCUCCGGGUAUGUCGAUUGAGGGGGAGCGCUCGCACUCGGGGAUAGAGCGGAAGUCGUAGAUGGUAGUUAUGCCGAGUUUACUGGUAAGGUAGUUGGCACCUUCGGGUGUGGUGUUGGACAGAGUAGCGCAGCGGAAAAUGAAGUUGCGCCGCACGGAUGUAGUAGGCGAAAUUGCGUAGCCGCCCAGGUCACGGAGGUUGGCGAUGCCAUCCGCGGAGUGGAAGGGAGGGGAGGGGAGGUUGGUCAUGUUUAUCUUUCUUUCUUCUCGGUUCUUAAUACCACCGUAUAUUCUUUUCUGUUUUCCUUCUUGCCGAAGGAUGGUGGGACUAUUUACAGCCUCGUCUCCUUGCUGGAUUGCGAUAUAUUUCUCACUUUGUUUUUUAUUUUGCUUUCGAUAAUCGAAUUCAAAGCCUCACCAUUAUUAGAAUCGAAUUGAUUUACAUAAAUCUAAAAUGUAUUUAACAUGGCACAGACGUAGAGAUAAGAGCGGAUUAUUUAAUCCAUUAUUUGUAGCUGCCCCGCGGUGGAUAACAAUAUGGAUUUUUGCCGAGGCCUACUGCUGUGCAAUUUUGCAGAGUCCCUGUGUACUAACUACAGACUCAACGCGGGAACCAAACGGACACGUCCCCGAAGGGUAGGCUAAUAUCCGCCGUAUAAACAAUGUUUACGAUUCUAUUCUAUAGAAAAGGGAGA